AGCACACAAAAAACUAGCAGAAACAUGAAAGAGAGUGAAUUCAAAAGAGCUCCUGGUUUUCGCACCAAACCUACGAGUUAUAGAGAAGGUUGUUUUAUCCUAGAGGCGACCGGCGAGUAAGAACUGUUGUGCACAAAGAGGCAGUGCCGCAAAUGUCUUAAAGAGAGCGACCUAGUCCGUGACUCAACCAGAUCUCAUUAACCUUGAUUUUUUGUUGUUCUGUCACUAAUAAUUUUAAGACGUUGUGCUGAUGCUAUGGCGACUGAACAAAACAACACGUGGUGCUGUCAAUAUCAAUCGACCCUUCCGCUUCGUGGGAGUCAACUUCCGGCGCUGGAGACAGAAGAUGUUUUUCUACCUGACGACCAAAAAGUUGGCGCACUGUCUCACCAACAUGCCGGUGGAAUUGAACGAGGAAGCAACUGAUGCGGAGAGGGAUGUUGCCGCAAAGGUGAAAGAAGAGGACUUCUUAUGCAAGAACUACAUCCUCAAUGGGCUGUCGGAUGAUCUCUACGACUACUAUGCGGAUCAAAAAAACACUACGAUGAUGGUUUGGGAUGCUCUUCAAAAGAAGUACGACAUGGAGGAGGCUGGAGCCAAGAAGUAUGUUGUCAGCCGCUACCUGUGCUACCAAAUGGUGGACGGAAAGUCUGUCGAGAUGCAAUCUCACGAACUUCAGAAAAUAGCCCAUGAGAUUGUUUCUGAAGGUAUGCCUCUUAAUGAUCAAUUUCAAGUUGUUUGCAUAAUAGAUAAGCUGCCCCCUUCAUGGAAAGAUUUUAAGAAUGUUCUUAGGCAUAAAACUGAAGAAUUUUCAUUGGAAAGUUUGAUUACUUGCCUAAGGAUUGAGGAAGAAGCUCGAAAACAGGAUGUGAAAGAAGAGGUGUUGUUAACCAGUGCUAGACGGUCCACACUCAGGGCUCUAAAGCCAAAUCCAAAGCGGCUCAAGAAACAAAACCAGCAGGUACGCCCCAAUCAGAAUGGUGCAUCUCAAGGUAACCAAAGGGUCACGGCCCAAUCCUCUAAGAAUGACCCACCGUUUAUCUGCUAUACCUGCACUAAACCAGGUCAUAUGGCAAAAAAUUCCAGGAACAAUCCUAACCCUGUUGUUGCCAGGGUUAACUUGACAGAAGAGGAUUUGGUGGCCAUGAUCACCAACAUGAUUGCUGAAGUUAACCUUGUCGGUAACUCUGAAGGAUGGUGGAUGGAUAUAAGAGCCUUGAAGCACGUCUAUAAUAAUCGUGCUAUGUUCAAGAAGUACAAUGAGGCACCUACUCAUAAGAAAGUGUUGUUGGAUACUGCCAAACCAUUAUAGUUGCUGGUUCUGGGGAUGUGGAUGUGGAGCUAAGCUUUACCUCUGGUAAGACGAUGACCUUGAAGGACGUCUUGCAGUAGGGAUGGCAAUGGGUCGGGUCGGGGACGGAUAGUGUAUAUCCGAUACCCUACCCAAACUAGUUUGGGUUUUACCCAUACCCACAUGUGAAACGGGUAGAAAAUUAAAACCAUGCCCAUACCCGUUCGGGUUUCGGGUAUCCACGGUUAUCCAUGGAUAAUAAUUUCCCUUCAUAACUCCAACCAAUAUGUUAACAUUCACAUGUGUUCUCACAUUACGUAAAAGAAAAAGUACGACAAUAGUUCACUAGAAUGAAGAAAAUUAACUAAA